AUGCAUUUCUAUACCGCUCUUGUCCUCCUCUCCGGUGCGGCAUUCACCAGUGCAGCAACCAUCCAAGCCCGUCAGAACUUUGCCUGCACCGCGGCUCGCGUCCGUAUUCUGGGUGCUCUCAACGAUGCGGAUACUGCCAUCGAGCAGAUCCAGGACCCCGCCACCCAGGCUUCUGCCGCCGCAGCCCUUGAACAGGCUCAGGGUGGCGUCCAGGAGAUUGCACAGGCCAUUCUUGCUGGUCAGACUCCGCCUGCAAGUGGAAGGUCAGAAGUCGAGGCUGGGCUAACCGCCCUAGGCCAGUCAUUGAGUUCUGCCAACUCGGCGGAUUCUGCUGUUCUGGAGGCACAGGAGGCCUUGGACGAUGCGGUUGCUGCUGGUCAGGACGUCGUUGCUCGAUGCUAG